UUCCUUUCUCCUCAACAUGGUAUCAAAGCAGAGAUUCUAGGACCAUAGAAUUUCUUUCUUCAAAAAUAAAAAGAAAAAUGGAAACACCUUCCAUUGGAAUGAAAACACAUAAAGAGGAGAAUACAAUUCUCACAGAUCUUACCACAAAAAUGACACACAUACUAAACCAGAACCAAACACAAAACCAAAUCUCAACUCAUGAACCUACUACACAUAUUGGAAUCAAGUUAGAUGGCACCAAUUAUGCAUUAUGGUCCCAAAUUGUUGAGAUGUAUAUCUCAGGCAAAGACAAGUUGGGAUAUAUAAAUGGAGAACUUUCGGAGCCUCUACAAACAGAUAUGGCAUUCAGAAAAUGGAGAACCGAAAACGCUGUGGUGAAGGGAUGGCUCAUCAACUCUAUGGAUCCAAAGUUAGUCAGUAACUUUAUCAGAUUCUCAACUGCUAAAGCUGUUUGGGAUAACAUUGCUACAACAUACUUUGAUGGAACUGAUACAUCACAAGUAUAUGAACUCAAAAGAAGAGUAAUCAGAAUCAAACAAGGAGGAGGAUCUAUCGAAACAUACUACAACAACUUGCAAGGAUUGUGGAGAGAAAUUGAUUUUCGUCGACCAAAUCCUAUGAUUUGUGAUACUGAUAUAGAAAAAUAUAACUCUAUUUUGCAGGAGGAUAGAGUUUAUACCUUCCUAGAUGGACUUGAUGAUAGACUUGACAAGAUCCGAGCUGAUGUGCUCCAAACAAAACCUUUCCCAACGGUGGAGCAAGCCUAUGCACAAGUUCGGAGAGAGGAUUUGAGGCAAUCCGUAAUGAUGACAAAUGAAGAUACUUUAUCUGGUGGUGCUAUGAUCACAAGGGGAGGACAAAAACUCCAACACCAAUUUUCUUUUCGAACGCCAUCAAAUGGAAAGCCAAUCACAAAACCACAAGGAGAAGGAGGAGGAGGAGGGUGCACACAUUGUGGGAAUAUGAGACACACUAAAGAAAUAUGCUUUAAACUACAUGGUUAUCCAGAGUGGUGGCAAGAACUCAAGGCAAAGAAAAAACGAGAAGCGAGUGGAGGAGAUAAUCAUGGUCGCGCAGCUCUUAUGAGUGUAGAGCCUCAAUUAUCUCUUGUGCCAGAACAAGAAUCCUCUACCUCCAUAAGUGACCAAACUGCUCAAAAUGACUCAGGAUAUUCUCACCAAGAGGAUUAUUGGUCGUGGUACUAAAAGGGAAGGGUUGUAUUAUAUGGACGAUUUCAGCUAUGGUAGAGCAAAUAAUAUUCAUUCCGCUGGAGUUAAGGAAAGACAGAUUUGGUUGUGGCAUAAUCGAUUAGGGCACCCAUCAUUUCGAUAUUUGAAGUGUUUAUUUCCAGAUUUAUUUACCAACUUUCAUGAGUCAGAUUUUAAAUGUGAAGCCUGUAUUCAAGCUAAGAGUCAUCGAGUACCUUAUCCAAUCAGUUUGAAUAAAUGUGAUACCUCUUUUUUUUAAUA